UACGGGUACAGCACGCGUGUGGCCCACUCGGCCGUAGUGGCCCGCCUGUACGGGAAUUACGUUAUUUGAAAUGGCUCAGUCCCAGACCAUGACACGCUCCGGAGCAUACAUGACUCGAGAGCCAGCGGUGGGACGGGCGCACGGUCCCUCCUUGGGAAGAGAUACAUAAAGCAAUUGCCUCGGAUAAUAACCUUCCUAAAUUAUACAACAGCAACCGCCCAAAAUGCCCACAGCAACCCUCCACCUUCUUGCUCUCGAAGCUGAUGCGCCCACUUUCCUCCAAGCCCUCCAGUCUACCCGCAAGGUCAUCGUUGCAUCGCGACCCCGACAUAUCGUCAUCCACCCGGUUCUUAUUGACAAGGAUGCCCUGCCAACUCCAUGGGACCUCCUUGUGCUUAUUCAAAGUGAAGAGUCUAAUCCAUUGCCCAUACCAGAGUUCCUACAAUCCCAAGUGAAAUCCGAAUACCGCAUCCUAGUUGGAAUCCCUUCUAAGCUGCUGACAAGCUACCCAUCCCGCUCCGAAUCACUGAAGCGUGCCGCCCUCUCCAUCCCGCUAACCGGGUCCAUAAACCACGUCCAGGAUAGGGCCAGCUCUCAAGGCCUCGAGGUCACACCAGAGCUCCUCGCCUUUAUGCAUAAACUCUCGGCCGAGCAUCCAGGUCCCGUAACCAUGCUCAACUUAUUGCACUUCAACUCUCCUGGCGGAAAGGAUGGUUAUUAUAAGUACGGGCAGGCGUUUGGGCCCAUUGCUGAUAGACGGGGCGGCAAUGCAAAGUUGGUAGGGACAGUGAUUCGACCUGACGUCGAUGGAGAAACGGAUGUCAAGAGGAAAGAAGAGGUGGGGUGGGAUGAAAUUUCCAUCGUACACUAUCCUUCUAUCCGGCAUUUUUGUGAUAUGCUUGCCGGAGAGGACUAUCAAACAAUCAAUGAGAAGUUUCGGUUGGGAGCUCUGAAAGAUACGUUUUUACUUUGCACGACUGAGUUUGAUGUAGAGACAACAUUACCUGCAAGAGGGUCCUCGAAGAUAUAGAUAUCCGUGAUUCCGUGAUUCCGCGAUGAAGUAGGCUGAGACUUGUAUCUAGAGUUCCGGGUCCCUUUGUUGCUGCUGCUCUAGCUCCUUGACCAGGAUAUUAGUUUCUAGCAAGACCUGAUUAUUGGAAGCUAGACUGGCUUAUGGGCCAUGGCUAGGUUAGGUUAGGUUACGCUAUCCUAAUGGUCUUCUAAAGCUAAUGUAAGGUGAAAGGGCCCAACCACUAGAGUUAAUACGCUCAAUAGAAGUAACCCGUUCCCGGCUUCCUGGCUACAGUAGAGAAGGCUGCCCAGAUAGCUCAGCUCGGGUAACUACCAUAGCAGUAGAUAUUAGGCCCAUUAAAAUGCCAGCUUUAUGAAG